UUUCCACUUGGCUCUCUUUCUGGAUUUUAAUUGUGCGAGGAACAAAGCCGGGCCGAGAUGGUGUCUCAGGGGAUUCAGCUCAUCGGUAUAUCGCUGUCUGUGAUUGGCUGGUUCAUGGUCAUCGUGGUGUGUGCCAUGCCCAUGUGGAAGGUCACUGCUUUUGUCGGGGCCAACAUCAUCACGGCUCAGACCAUCUGGCAGGGCAUGUGGAUGAACUGUGUGGUGCAGAGUACGGGCCAGAUGCAGUGUAAGGUGUACGACUCCAUGCUCGCUCUGGCUCCGGACCUGCAGGCCGCUCGUGCCAUGAUCAUCAUCUCCAUCCUGAUUGGGAUACUCGGACUGUGUAUGUCCAUUGCUGGAGGGAAAUGCACCAACUGCAUCGAUGACGAGCGAGCCAAGGCGAAGGCUUGCAUCGUGGCUGGAGUUAUGUUCAUCGUCUCCGGGUUGCUCUGCCUCAUCCCCGUCUCCUGGUCCGCCCACACCAUCGUCAGAGACUUCUACAACCCGUUAGUGAUCGCAGCCCAGAGACGAGGCCUCUUCACCAUGGGGAAGAUUGCCAAGGAAACGGCAGGUCAGGUCAUCAGCUUUAUCGGUUUUAUUGGUGUGGCGGUGACCACUGGGAUCCCGAUGUGGCGAGUGACCACCUUCAUCGGAGCCAACAUUGUGACAGGCCAGGUAGUGUGGGACGGCCUGUGGAUGAACUGUGUGAUGCAGAGCACGGGACAAAUGCAGUGCAAGCUGAACGAGUCUGUUCAGCGGCUGUCGAGGGAUCUGCAGACCGGCCGAGCCCUGGUCAUCAUCUCCCUAAUCUUCGCCUUCGUCGGCUUCAUGGUCACCUUCAUCGGAGCCAAGUGCACCAGCUGUCUGAAGAAAGAAUCAUCGAUGGCCAAGGUGGUGAUCUUAGGAGGAUGUCUCAUCAUUGCUUCUGCCAUCUUGGUCCUGAUCCCUGUCUGCUGGUCUGCAGCUGUGACCAUCACAGACUUUGAGAGCCCCCUUACUAUUGAAACACAGAAGAGGGAGGUAGGAGCUGCCAUCUACAUCGGCUGGGCCUCUGCUUUAAUCCUCCUCAUCGGGGGGAUCAUCCUCUGCACAUCCUGCCCUCCUUCCAGACCUAUGUAUGGAUACCCCGGCUACCAACAAGGACCCCCUGUGUACCCUUAUGCCGCCACAAACCCGCCAACCUACAGCCCUGUGUAUGUUCCCCCGUCCAGCCGAGCGUACAGCGGGUCGUAUGGACCCCCCAAACUGUACGCAGCACCAACCGUCUACGCUCCUCGACAGUACCAAUAAAAAAAAACCCUGAAAGGACACAAAGAGGGUAAAGACUGAGAUUACUGCUGCGGUGGCUCAGGUCAUUGUUUACCUUAAGAAACUAAUAUUGCACCAAAAUACAUGAUGUUUUUUUUCUAGAGAAUGGCGUGUACUCUGAUACAGUGUUGGGAUCUGAAAUCAGCCAAACUAAGCAGUUAAAAGAUGUUUAAUUUUGAUAAAUGUUUUUAUAGAAAUGUUUUCUCUUUGAGAUCGAUUUUUGUGAAAUAUUUCUACGUCGUGAAGCCUCGAUAAAAGAGCAACGUUGUGACAGCAGGGCUGUUAAAUUAGCACAAAUGUGUUCAUGUCCUUGUCCCACAGAUCUGAUUUUGUAAAUAGUGAUGUUAUGUGAUGUGUUGUUUUUUUGUAAAUACCACCUCAGUUUGAAAAAAUAUAUUCUGAAGAGUUUCAAUAAAACGUUGUAAUUUA